AUGGAGUCCGCAGCGCUGGUGGCGCCGGUGACGGCGUUGGAGUUCGCGGGGGACGUGCUGCUGGCGGGGGCCGAGCCGCUCUGCGCGCUGGGCGGCGGCGACGGGCGGCUGCUCGUGUUCUCGCUGGGCAGCCCCGAGCGCGCCGCCGGGCUGAAGUUGUUCGAGGGACCCGUGCUGGGGCUCAGCUGGGCCGCUCGACCCGAGGCGUCCCCCGGCCCCGCCGCCCUCCUGGUCUCCAGCCCCGGCGGGACCGUGUUCUGGAUGGAUGUCGCCUGCAGCCCCGGGCAGGUGCCCGUGGUGCAGCUCAUGGGACGUUACCGGCUGCUGCCCUGCAAGCAGCGCUGGCACACCUGUGCCACCUUCCUGCCCCAGGGAGGGCUGCUGCUGUGUGGGGACCGCCGCGGCUCUCUGCUCCUCUUCCCCUGCAGCAGCAGCGCUGACGGCACCGACAGAGGUACCCCAUGCAGCGAGGGCACUAUGAGCCACUCGGAGCCCUGCUGCUUGUUACGCAGCGAGACUCUGCCCCUCGAGGACCCUGUGUCUGUGCUCUUUGGGCUGCACGGCAAGACUGGGGUGACCUCGGUGACCUGCCAUGGGGACUACAUCUAUAGCACGGGCCGGGACGGCUGCUACCGGCAGCUCCGCCUGCGGGACCAGCAGCUGGAGGUGCUGCAGAAGCACCGGCCCUGCAAAGGGCUCCAGUGGAUCGAGGAACUGCGCUUCACGCCCAGCGGGGACCUGCUGGUGCUGGGCUUCCACGCCGACAACUUCGUGGUGUGGAGCACGAGGAGCGGGGUGAACUUGCACUGCGUACCCUGUGGAGGAGGGCACCGCUCCUGGAGCUACUGCAGCAGCCCCGAGGCCGAUGCCUUCGCCUACAUCAAGCGUGGGGAUGUGAUGCUGUACCACAGCGAGGCCGAGCCCUGCGAGCAGCGAGUACUGCUGGCGUCCCUGCAUGGCCGCGAGAUCACCUGCGUGCGGCACCUGGGGGCUGUGCGGGCACCUGGCUGCCACCCCAUUAACAUCUUUGUCACCGGCAGCGAGGACACCACAGCGUGCGUGCUGACGCUCAGCGAGCUGACGCGUGCGGCAGUGCCCCUCGCCAGGCUCAGCGACCACAUCUCCAGCGUCAGGGCGCUGGCCUUGGCUGGCACCGCGCUGCAGAACGGCACCCAGCUGUGCUCCUUGCUGUUCUCAGCCGGCGGCCGUGCGCAGAUUGAGUGCUACCGGCUGCAGUGCGCCGCGGAUCUGGGGGCUGAGGGCAUGGUGAGCUGCCAGGUGGCCCACGUGGCCUCCCACCGGCUGGAUGAGCACUGGGACCGCAUGAAGAACAGGCACAAGCUCGUCAAGAUGGACCCAGAGACGAGGUACAUGUCCCUCUCGGUCGUGUGUGGGACCAGCAGCGAGCAGCUGCCCAUGCCCUGCACGUUCCUGGCUGCUGCAUGCAGUGAUGGAUCAGUCCGGCUCUUCGUGCUGCUGGAGGCUGCCCGGAAGCUGCUGCUCGUGGCAGAGUCCUUCCACCACCAGCGCUGCGUGCUGAAAGUGGAGGCAUUCCUGCACACACGGGCAGAGGGGGAGAGGAGGCACCUCCUGUGUAGUGCGGCCACCGAUGGCAGCGUUGCCUUCUGGGACAUCACCAGAGCCAUCGCAGAUGCAACAGAUGCCCUGCAGCACUCAGAGGGAGAGCUGCAGCUGCUGGCCCUGGGUGCCCCACUGCUUACUGUCAUGGCUCAUAGCUGCGGGGUGAACAGCCUGCACGUCCAGGAGCUGCCCAAGGGACAGUUCCUGGUGGCCAGUGGCAGCGAUGAUGGCUCCAUCCACGUCUGCCUGCUGGAGGUGACACGGGGCGGUGACGAAGCCGAGCCAGGGACCUGCUUGCACAUCCUGGAGCGCGUGGCGAGGCCGUGCACCCAUGCUGCUCACGUGACAGGGAUCAGGGUGCUGCGGCCGGACCUGGUGCUCUCUGCCUCCGUGGACCAGCGGCUGACGCUGUGGCAGCUAAGCUGGGACAGCCUGAAGGAGCUGAGCACCACAUUCUUCCACGUGCCUGACCUGGCGGAGCUGGACUGCUGGGAGGUGGCGGAGGCAGGUGGGAAGCAGCACUGGUACUGCGUGCUCUGCGGGCAGGGCCUGGAGCUCCUGCGCUGUGCUGCCCUGGACACCCGCUCCAAGCUCCCGUCACAGGGCGCUGUCUAGUAAAGGGGUAUGGCAAAGUCCCUGCUCCCCACCUGCCUGGGGACAGUGACAGCAAAGGAAUGUCCCGGCACAGUGCUGCAGGCACCCUGCGCGUGUGCAGUGAUACGGCUGUGCUGUCCUCCUCAAGGAAGAUGGAUGUCCCUCUGUCCCCCAGGGAGAGCCAGGGCUCUCCGCAGUGCUGGGAGGAUUGAGGGCGGGAGGAGUCCAAGAAAGGUUCGGAGCUGCUGGGGAACAAAGAGGGCUGCAGCACACAGUCUGUUUGCUGUGCCCCCCAGGCCAGGCCAGCCCUCUCAGAGCAGUCCUUCAGUGCCUUCCUCAGGCUGGCAGGGUUGUUCCAGGACAGCAGCAGGGCUGAGGGCAGCCGAGGCACAGGUAAGGACAAGCUGUACAUGGCUCUAGUCAGAAAGGCUGCACUGUGCUCCUGGAGCAUGGGGCUGUGUGCAAGCACUGCUCAACUCUGCUCCUGCAGCAAGGUGCUCCCGUCCCUGUGCACAGCACAGACCCUUCUCCCUCUACCCGUCUGUGCCACCCCCCUCCUCAGUUAUCACUGUUGCGUCAGACACAGUGUUUGUCCAGCAAUAACUGUAUUCAGCCCUAAUGUUGGGACUUAGCACAAGGCAGGGCAGCAGCCCUUCAGCCUCAGGAGCUCUCUGCCAGCACAGAGCUCCCCUUCAAUAAAACAGCUUCGAGGGAACA